AUGAAAACUUUACCGCGUCUGCUUGAGAUUUUAGUGUCCGCCAGACAAUUAUUUAGCAUGGAACCAGUCAGACAAUUAUUUAACGUCCUUCAAGUUAUUUUUCGGCGCAUAUUUAUUUAUAUAAAAGACUUUAUUGUAAACGAAUUCAUACCCUUGAUCGUGGAUUUGAAUAAUUUCGAAGUAAGGGAAGAAAAAAUUAGGUAUUUAACAUUGUCCAAGCAACUGUUCGCCGACUUAGCAGCUUUCUUUAUUAUUUUCGCCCUCUUUGCAACAUUUCUGUACUUUUCAACGCAAUGCGCCUUGGAAAAUGAUCACUGUGCUCCUGCAAUUGAUCCUCAAUCCGAAAAUCCACCGGUAGUUGACCUGACGGAAGAAGAAAACGAUCGGGACUCGGUCUUUGAACUCCUGACGCUAAACCACCCCCGGGGUGACGCAUCAACGGGCCCAGAGAAAAUAAUUCCUCGAAGAAAGCACCAAAUAUUGAGAAAAUCGAGGCCUUACUGCAUUUCUACCGACAACGAGUCUUCCAGAUCGGUAAUUAGCAUAAAAACGACCCAGUCGCAGCACUCGCAGCCGGUUGUAGUUCAUCCAGACAUCAGGAGUAUAAACCCCGACGGGUUCAACAGCUGGAUCGUUCGUAGGACGAGGAGCGGUCAGAUUUACGGAAAAUAUCCGAUUUAG